CUUGCACAGUUGCUGGGACCGGCGCCUGACCUGGUGACGAGACAUCAUUUCCUCCAACCUUCUCAAGCACCACCCAAGCGUCGUUGAGGGCCCGGCUCUCUCGUUCCGAACGGCCUUCAGAAGAUUCGCUAGGAGCACUUGCUGCCGUUGGGUUCCACCCGUCAAUUGAUCCCUACUGGAAAGAUUCCGGCGACUCGACCCGCAAGAGCGCGACAUUCCGAGGAUCCGCAGCUAGUCCGAGAUUCACAGAGAUCUCGCGACGACCCGGUGGCCGCGAUCUGCCCAGCCCUUUCUUGUCGUAGGCAUUCUUUCGAGCCUCUAUCUUUUUGGUCCUUUUUACGUAUGCGCGUACUCACCCGAAUUGGUAUCGACCCGCUGAGUACUCGAGUGACUCGUCGUAUCCUAGGCAGCGCCAGGACACCGAUUUUUCCCAAAUAGACCUUUCAACUUACCCGUGCUCCUUUUGAAGUUCAUAUCCCGACUCGCGAAAUUGACGUCGGCACUGGAAGUUCUAGACCACGAGAUAAUUCGCCCUCCUCGUGCUUGGCGCUGGUCCCGCACCCACUGCUAUCCAACUCGCCGACGCCACAGCAGUCCGUUUCAGCGGAUCUACGCCGCAGCAUCCACACCGACCACAGGUCGACACAUCCGACUCACAUAACCGUAUAAACUGAGGCAAUGGCCUCCCCCCGCAUCGCCGUCCCCAAACCGGGACCGGCUAACUUGACUCCCGGAGCUGGCUUAGACGAAUGGCUCGAGCAAGCCAAGCAAUGCCGCUACCUGCCAGAGUCGGUGAUGAAGGAGCUAUGCGAGAUGGUCAAAGAGGUCUUGAUGGAAGAGUCCAACAUCCAACCUGUCGUCACCCCGGUCACUAUCUGCGGUGAUAUACACGGCCAAUUCUACGACCUGCUUGAGCUCUUCCGCGUCAGCGGCGGCAUGCCUGGCCAACCUGCCACGGAACCUCCGGCGAGCGCAACCUCAGUAAUUACAUCAGCCGAUAUCGAGCCACCGACCGAGAUCACGAACCCCAAGUUGAAAAAGAAGUUGGGAAAGGGGAAGAGUCAAGCGGGAGACAGUGCCGGCCUUCCCGGGGACGAUUCUGUUAAUAUUGAAGACGAUGACGACGAUGUUGCCGAAGUUACAACAAUUUCCCAGCCCAAUUCGCCUGGCGCCCCACCGGUCGACAAUGCCGACACCCGCUUCGUAUUCUUAGGAGACUUUGUCGACCGCGGCUACUUCAGCCUCGAAACAUUUACACUGCUUAUGUGUCUCAAGGCCAAGUAUCCCGAUCGGAUCGUGCUCGUCCGUGGAAACCACGAGUCCCGGCAAAUCACCCAGGUGUAUGGGUUUUACGAGGAAUGCCAGCAGAAGUACGGGAACGCGUCGGUGUGGAAGUCGUGCUGCCAGGUAUUUGAUUUCCUGGUCCUGGCGGCCAUCGUCGACGGCGAAAUACUAUGCGUCCACGGAGGGCUGAGUCCGGAGAUCCGCACCAUCGACCAGAUUCGCGUAGUGGCACGCGCGCAAGAAAUACCUCACGAGGGCGCGUUCUGUGAUCUCGUCUGGAGCGACCCCGAGGAAGUCGAGACGUGGGCGGUCAGCCCGCGGGGUGCCGGAUGGCUCUUCGGCGACAAGGUAGCGACAGAGUUCAACCAUGUCAACGGUCUUAAGCUGAUCGCUCGUGCGCAUCAACUCGUCAACGAAGGCUACAAAUACCACUUCGCGCAGAGCUCGGUUGUUACGGUGUGGUCCGCGCCGAAUUACUGCUACCGGUGCGGGAAUGUGGCUUCGAUCAUGUCAGUAGAUAAGAACCUGGACCCGAAGUUCAGCAUCUUCUCGGCGGUGCCCGACGACAUGAGGCACGUGCCAGCAGGACGGCGCGGCCCAUCGGAUUACUUUUUGUAAUGAAUGUAUUAUACACCACACAUAGGUCAUGAAGUCGAGGUUCUUGAUACCACAUUGGCGUUCGGGCAGGGUUUCUGAGGGAUUUUCGUGUCGGAUUUUCCAAGCACAAGGGAAUGGUGGAGGAACGAACAGGCAUAGACACGGACAUGAGAGGUAACGUAAAUGCGGAAAGAGAGAGUGCAUCGAGUGACGAAGGACGAACGGGACGUGUUUGGUAACGGGGAAACGGGGGCAAGAUAUUGGGAAUUGGAGCUCCGUCUCCCCAUCUAUGUAUAGGUAGUAUGUAUAGUAGAGGGCGAGCGGGCCUACUUGGGAUGUAGGCUAUGAGACGAUGUAAGAGCGAUUCGUAAGGGAGGCUAUCUCCGUCUUGCUAUGUCCAGCAUACGGCAACAUGCUACUAAUGUGGACACAUGCUUAUCACGCCCGAAUAGUCGCACGUCCGAGUUUGUGAUAGAAGCUAGGAUGUAUUCUGAUCCCUCUCGACACGGUCUCGU